GCAUGGUUGCACAUCGAGUGUAUCCCUGAGGAGGGGCAGUGCCUUGUCCGGAAGCCGCCAGCUGUACAUUUGAGCUCCAAGUCGUAAAAGCAGAGCUGUCGGAGUCGUUGCAGAGAAAGACAGACUGCCAUAAGCAACACCGUCUUCCUUUUCCACUCCUAAACCGCAUACCACCUCCAAAAUGUCCGCAGCAAUUGAUAACGAGGACCUGGAGGAGCUGUCCAUCUCCAUCCAACCCAAUAACCGCCGCAGUUCAACCCGUCCCCCUGAGCCGUCAGUCCCGGAGGCCGCCAACGACCCUCAGCAACAAGAAGAGAGACCGCACUCCGCUGUUCAGGAGACGAGGAGCAAACGCGAUCCCAAGACCAGCCAGAGACUCGGACAGUACACGAUUGUGCGAACGCUCGGGGAAGGGUCGUUCGGCAAGGUAAAGUUGGCCACUCACCAGGUCAGCGGGCAGAAAGUCGCACUCAAGAUCAUCAACAGGAAGAAGCUGGUGACUAGAGACAUGGCUGGCCGGAUAGAGCGCGAGAUCCAGUAUCUCCAGCUCCUCAGACAUCCGCAUAUCAUCAAACUCUACACCGUCAUCACCACACCGACCGAGAUCAUCAUGGUGCUCGAAUACGCCGGUGGCGAACUCUUUGACUACAUCGUCCAGAACGGAAGGCUACCCGAGGACAAGGCGCGCAAGUUCUUCCAGCAGAUAGUAUGUGCGGUUGAAUAUUGCCAUCGCCACAAGAUUGUCCAUCGUGAUCUGAAGCCCGAGAAUUUGCUUCUGGACGACCAGUACAACGUGAAGAUUGCCGAUUUCGGUCUGAGCAACAUCAUGACGGACGGCAAUUUCUUGAAGACGAGCUGCGGCAGCCCCAACUACGCCGCUCCAGAGGUCAUCUCCGGAAAGCUGUAUGCCGGCCCCGAAGUCGAUGUCUGGAGCUGCGGCGUUAUUCUCUAUGUCCUCUUAGUCGGACGUCUCCCCUUCGACGACGACUACAUACCCACCCUGUUCAAGAAGAUUGCCGCAGGAAGCUAUAGUAUCCCCAACUACGUCUCCCCUGGUGCUGUGUCCCUAAUCAAGCGGAUGCUCACUGUGAACCCAGUCCACCGGAUAACCAUCGAAGACAUCCGCGAAGAUCCCUGGUUCCUCAAGGACCUGCCGCCUUAUCUUGCGCUUCCCCGCCAGGAGUUCUUUGAUACAGGCGUCGAUCCAAACAAGGCCAUCGAUCCAAAGAGUCUGGCUCCUUCACAACCUCCUGCAAUUGCCGAGAAGCUCCAUGAGGUGGUUGUAGGCAAACUGGGCAAGACGAUGGGGUACUCGAAACAUGAUGUGCAAGAGGCGCUGGCACAUGAUGAACCGAGUGCAAUCAAGGAUGCAUAUCUGAUUGUGAGGGAGAAUCAGAUCAUGAAGGAGAGCCCUCUCCUGACCAAAGAAAAGGGACUAGAGUCCUUCAUGGCCCAGUCGCCCCCCACUUACAGCACCAGCUACAUGGGCACAUCAAUACCGGAAAGGAUGGCCUCCGCGACUCGUCCACAGGUCAUCCAACCUUCAGCAGAUCACGAACGUCAUCGGCAAGGCUCCAACGCGAGCAACCAUAUUGCCAACCUUCGAAGCCCUGUCAGCACCAUUGCUGUUCUGCCGAGCAGCCUGCCGGACUAUCACAAAGCCUUCAUGGAAGGAAAGCCGAAGCCCCCUCCACCUCCGGAAGCCGAAUCGCCCAUGGGCGCACAAACAAGCGAACAACGCGCUGCCCAGGCACGGCGUCUCCGGCCCAAUUUCCGAGCAAUGCCUGAUCCCGGUAGACAACGGCCCGAGCCGCUGACUGCACUUCCCACCAAGAAGCCCAAACCUACGAGAUGGCAGUUUGGUAUCCGGUCUCGAAACGCACCGGCUGAGGCCAUGUUGGCUAUCUACAAAGCUUUAAAGGCAAUGGGUGCUGACUGGGAAGUGCCCAAGUAUCGCAGACCUGGAAGUAGUCGAUCUCGCAGCCGCAGCGGGUCUCCAGAGAGGUCUCGCUCCCGCUCGAGAUCGGAAAGUCGGUCGCGCAGCCCAUCCAUCGACUCCCGCUCUUCUGAAGGUGAGGAGUAUAUCUCUGACCGCUCUCGUUCUCCCGACCGCCGGGGACCGCUGUCCGUCCGCAACUCUACCGAUGGAGACCACUUGCAGCGGCCCCGCGGUCGUCAACGCAGACACUACAGCAGGAGUAAUGACUGGGGGUAUAAGAUACCCAAGGAUCCGUGGGUCAUCAAUGCGCGGUUCCGAAAGGACGGCUUGUUACCUCCUGGCGUGGCACACCCGUCGUCCACGCACUCCUCCCGCGCAGAUCUCAACGUCGAUCCUGCAGCUGCACGACGCCGCAGCUCAACGAAUACUAGCCACUCUAGCCUGACUCACCAGGCUGAGGCCUUGGGCGGCGCGAGCGACCAACUGCAGCAGGCACAGCAGCAGCCUCCACGCCCUGGCUCCGUAACCAGCGAAUCUCAUCCCUCUCCUAGUCCCAACAAAGACAAACACUCUUCUUCCUCGGCCGAAGAAGCAGUCUACGUCUAUAUGUCCAUCCAGCUCUACAGCAUCGAUCGCGAGUUCUUCGUCGUGGACUUCAAGUGCGCCGGGUACGAGCGGUUGAUUAAUAAUCUGGUUAGGGAGAUCAAGGCUACGAGCUCGACGGGUAUGGGGACGAGGGAUACGUCGGCAUCGAACCUCCCGCUUGAGGGGAAACAACAGCAGCAGGCGCAGGGAGAGCAGCAACAGCACCAUCACCAUCACCAGCAUCACCAGCAUGAAGAUGGCUGGGACGACCAACGCGGCGUAUGGCGCCGUCUCGCUGAAGGGGAGCCGUUACCAGAGGAUUUAGCGGCUCAGCUUAGGGAAGGGACUGGCAAGGGGGUCUUGAGAGAAAGACAUGAGGAAGUGGGUGUGGGAAGAGUGCAGGGCGAGAAGAGGGCAACGAGCCCGUUUCCAUUCCUGGAUGUUGCGAGUCAGUUGAUUCUGACGUUGAGUGGGGAGUAGUAAACGAGUGAGGGGAGGAUGAC